AUGUCCCCUCAGAGACAUCAAGAGAAACCGAAUGGAGAUGAAGGCCAGGAUUUGGCACGUCCUGGAGAAGAUGGCCUUGAAGGUCAUGGUUUGCUGGGUCAAGAUGAGGCUGGAGCUGAUCAUGAUGGAGACGUUUUAUUGGGUCAAGAAGAAGAAUUUGGUCACCGUGUGAUGGCAGCUCACUUGCCGGAGCUGCAACUGGAAGGUAAGUGGUUUCAACAGUCUACGCUAUUAGCGCUUCAACCGUUUUGUCCCCGGCUUCCGUUUUAUCCCCGGGCCCGUUUUGUCCCCGGCCCAAAAAAUUAUUCAAUAUAAUAGUAUCAUUGGUCAUUUUAGACCAAGUUUAGGACGUACAGUACAAAAAAUACAGAAUUUUAUUACAGAGACAAGACAAAGAACAUGUUGA